CGCGUGCCGCGCCUCCUCCCGGGAAGUUGCUUUCUCCUCCUGGGAGGGCCGUUUUAGCAGCCACGGCUUCAGCAGCCCUCGCCCAGCUUUCGACAGGAGACGGCCGGAUCGAAGGAAACGAUAACGGGAAGAGUCGUACCGAAGAUGGCGUCGCGAUCUUGGCCGACCCCACGAGCUCGGAGGCCGUGGCCACCGCCCUCGUCCUCGUGCAGCUGCUCCGGCAGCAGGCGCGGGUGAAGGGCACGGGCUGCGAGCCGUGCCUCGUGCAGACCGGCGACCAGUCCAGUGCCGAGGCGAAGAGCGUGCUCGUGGUAUGCACUACUGGUGUGUUCGUGCAGCCACACGUCAUCAACAACCUCCUCGCCCAUGACGCCGGUAAGAAACGCAUGAUCCCUAUCAUCGCGGACGAGAGCUUCGGCGUUCCUACCGCCCAGUGGUCAAAGGACCAGAGACCUCUCAUCGAAUCGUUCUGCAGCCAGACAGAUCAGGCGAUGGACAUCGUGACGUCUCUCUUCAAGCAGACCCCGUUCCUCUUCGACGCGGCAGCCUACAGCGAAGCGUUGCUGGAGACAAAGGCCAUGGACCUGGCCGCCAUGCUGGUCGCCGCGCGCGCCGAUGGCGCUGAGAAGGACGCCGAGCAGGGCGCAGCGGAGAUCCAAGUCGUCGCCCCCGCGGACCCCACCCCGAACGAGG